AUGAUGGCGGUUACAAUUAUCUCUGAGAAAGAGCUUCAAAGACACAUGAGACUGAUUGCCAGUGACUACAAGAUGAAAUAUGAAGUCAAAAGUCAGUUAAGCCGACAGCAGAAUUGGCUAAUAUUCGACCACGGAAGCAAAGGUGCGCUUUGUGCUCAAGACGCUUCUCCAUUUUCACACAUUCGUAUCGGUGUGCUAAAUGUGCUCGAAAAACAUGUCGAAACUGCCUCAGUAAUGCUUCAUGCGCAUUUUGCGACCUUCAGAGCGUAUUCACAACACACUGCCGCUUUUCCGUAUGUUUGGCACUAUCACUUACUGCAGCACGAGUGGUACACAAGAGCGAUGCUGGAAAUGCAUAUUAUCUGGUACUUGAAGUCUGAACUUGACAACGCAAACAUUGGUUUCACCAUCAAAUGUAAUGCAAAAUUUCUUAUUAUCAAGCCUUUUGAAAACACUAUUUCAAAGUAUCAGACAAAAUUUUCAUCCCCGAUAUUUAAAGCAUGUUCUUUGGAAAUGGCAAAACGUAAUUUUAUCUCAGCUCUGGACCGAUUCGAUGAAUCAACACCAUUUAAACAAAUUGACGAUGCGUUAUUACGGCUAAAGAGCAGAUCCCGAGAGGAAAAAUCACACCGGCUGACGUCAUCGUGCCCGCUAUUGCAAAAGCCGAUAGCAUGCUACAAGAAUCUGCUACCUUUGGAAAAUGGAACGAAAUAUCGAAACACCGAAUUCGUAGUUUCUAUGAGCGCAAAAUUGGUUGAGGCCAAAAGUGGAGACUUGAUCAACAUAAUAUGCACUGUAAGCUCAGAACAUGAAGAUUUCGCUGUUAAAUGGUUCCAUAAUGACGAAGAACUGCCUAACAAAGGAAGGUUUCGUACAUUUCGAGUGGGAUUUUCUCAAUGCCUCGAAAUAUUCGACUGCAACACUUCAGACCAGGGUAGAAUUACGUGCACUGCCAUUAACGACUUCGUAAGAGCCUCCGAUACUGUUUUGCUGAAAAUUCACGAAAAUGACGUAGCCGGAGAAGAACCCCGUUUUACUGGACGACUAAAGGCACAAGAAAUCCAAGGAAAAUUAGUUCUGCAGUGUACAGUAACUGGCUAUCCCACCCCUUACAUAACAUUUUACAGGAAAGGAACUUGCAUCCAUCCAGAUCACCGAAACUUUAUUAAACGAAGCAACUCGAAAUGGACUUUAAAACGCAAGAACUGCAAUGUCGACGACGAAGGUCCAUACACCGUUGUUGCUCAGAACAGAAUUGGACAAGCAUACUCGCAGUGUCAAGUAAUUUUGCCCCAAAAAGACCCGAAAUCUUACAUUGCCGACGUCUGA